GCGCGCACAGAAGGAAGCUAAGCUAUAAGCUGCUAUACGAGAAGGCGCGAGCGGUGGUGUUGUUCUCAGUUCGCAGAAAUGGUGAGGAAGAGCAAGUGCUCAGACCUGCAGGUGGUUCACUGCGCACGACAGAUUAGCAGUAGCUCUUUGUCAUCUGGCCAAUCAGAUGGUGAUGUGGGUCUUCCUCCUCUCCCCCCUCCAUCAUGCUGUGCCUCUCAAAGCUCAUCAGGAACAAACGUUACAGAAAGCAGUAAGCCAUUGGACAUUACUGACUCAAGGAUGCGCAAGAAGAAGAAACGCAGAACUCGAGCUGUAGACAGUUCCACAGGCACUUUUAAAGAUCUGUACAAGCUUACUGAGGAGGUGCUCGGACAGGGUGCAUAUGCUAAAGUGCAAGGCUGUGUGAGCAUGCAGAACGGCAAAGAGUAUGCUGUUAAAAUUAUUGAGAAGAUUGCCGGACACAGUCGAAGCAGGGUGUUCAGAGAGGUGGAGACGUUAUACCAGUGCCAAGGAAAUAACAACAUUUUGGAGCUCAUUGAGUUCUUUGAAGAUGAAAGCUGCUUUUAUUUGGUGUUUGAGAAGCUGUGUGGAGGCUCCAUUUUAACACACAUUCAGAAGAGGAAGCACUUUGAUGAAAGGGAAGCCAGCCGUGUUGUAAGGGACAUAGCUCAAGCUCUGAACUUUCUGCACACCAAAGGAAUUGCUCACCGAGAUCUCAAACCUGAAAAUAUUCUGUGUGAAUCUGCUGACAAGGUGUCUCCUGUAAAGAUCUGUGAUUUUGAUCUGGGCAGUGGUGUGAAGUUAAACAGUGCCUGUACUCCCAUAACCACACCUGAACUUACCACACCGUGUGGUUCAGCUGAGUAUAUGGCUCCAGAGGUGGUGGAGGUAUUUACAGACGAGGCAUCAUUCUAUGAUAAGCGGUGUGACCUGUGGAGCCUAGGAGUCAUCCUCUACAUUCUGCUUAGUGGCAGUCCACCCUUUACUGGCCACUGUGGCACAAACUGUGGGUGGGAACAAGGGGAAACCUGCCGGGCCUGCCAGAAUAGCUUGUUUGAAAGGAUCCAGGAGGGAAAGUAUGAGUUUGGGGAUCGAGACUGGGCUCACAUCUCAGACAGUGCCAAAGACCUGAUCUCUCGACUGCUGGUGCGAGAUGCCACUCUAAGGCUUAGUGCAGCACAGGUCCUGCAGCACCCAUGGGUACAGGGGAAUGCUCCUGAAAUAGGUCUUCCAACUCCACAUUUCCUACAACGGAAGUGCAGCACUAAGGACCUGACUCAGUUUGCAGCAGAUGCCAUCGCCUUUAACAGGCAACUGUCGCAGCAAGAUCAAGAGCAUGAGGACAGCAGUGUUAUCAUGUGCUCCAUGAGACUCUCACCGCCCUCCAACUCCAGACUAGCAAGACGCAGAGCUCAGGCUCACUCCCUCCGCAGCAACAGCCAAUACUUAGACACUGCUCAGGUUCCAGAGUGACCUCAGAAGUAAAUGAGCACAUACUAAGUGCUUGCUUUUGGCUUUAAUGCACGCAUAAAUCAAACACUCAUGAUUGCUUGGUUCAUGUUAGCUUGAGUGACUUGAUAAUUGCAUUAAUGCACACACUAUGUAUGUUGAGUAUCCACCAUGAGGAUACUGAUGUUAAAACCACACCAGCUCUGUCUAGUGGAGUGAUUUUCAUUCUUAUAUUAAGUCAAUGCACAUUAGCUAUUUUAGGAAGUGAAAUGUAAGUUGAAAGUGAGAUUUUUAUUCUUAUUUUAUUCUAAAGCUAUAUUUUCAACAAAUCCGUAAUGAACCAUGCAGGAUGUUUAAAGUAUUAAGCUGUGAAUUAUUUCCGUAUAUUUAAAUAUUUAUUGCCAAAUAUCUUGGCUGAAACGUUUUCAGUCAGUUUUAAGGGUGCCUGAAAUCAUAAUUGUAAUGCAUCUUUUCUAGAGCAUUUUUUUCAAUCUUUAUGAUUUGAUUGAACAUUUUUAACUUUUUUUUUUACCCUUUUGUUUAUGUUCAUACCUCAAAUCUAUUUUGCACAUUUUUAAAGCAUAGCACUCUCAGCUGUGUUACUGCAACUGCUUGCUUGUAGCAUGCACUUUCUAAGUUACUGCAGGUCUGUCUAAAAGUCAUCUUCAGUUUGUUUUUCUCAGAGAUUGUUGAACAUACUUUUGUUGACAUUGUUUUUUUUCUUUUAUGUAAUGCUUUUUGCCUGUUUUAUAUGAUAUUUUAUAUUCUUUUAAUGUUCUAUAAUGGAUAAUUCAUCUCUUGAACAAAGUUUUGUAUUCAUACUCUUAGUAAUGAUCUUUUUUUUAUCACUGAACCACAUCACUGCUCUAGUCUCUUUAAUAUUUGCAGAACUGGAACUUGUCCUUAUGCAUUGUGAGGCAAGAUGGAAGGUUCAGGUUCUGAUGAUGUGGCUGUCUUUGGCCUGAGGUCUUGGAUGCACUGUGGACAACUGACUAAAUAGAUCAAUUCCACCUUGGCCAGUGGUUAAUUAACUUUUUUAGACCAGGUACCACUUUUUAUAAAAAGCAAAUACCUCAAAGCAUCACAAGUAUUUUUACAGGAAUACACAGUGUCUAAAUGUACCUCAAGCCUGUUUAGCAUCAUUUUCCUGCUCCUUUUUUAUCCUGAUCUAAAUAAUUCCAUAACUUGAAAUAAAAUUGGUUGUACCACAUUUUAGCAGUUUUCAAUGUUUGUAAACACGAUGUUGCACGGGUUUCAACAAAGACCUGGUUUUGGAAACGGUGGUGGGUCUUGGAAAGAAAAAUCUUAAGGUUAGGAAACAAAGUAUGUUAAUAUGUUAAACUUAUUUAAAACAAUAAAAGCAUGUUUUGUACAAAAUA